AUGGCUGAUGUGGUCGGGUUUUUUAAGCAUUUUCAUGACCACGUCAACAGUUCUUUAGAUGAUGUGACGAGAAAAAAUUUUGCUAAUUUAGAAACAAAUUCAAAACGUAUAGCAUAUUUAAGUGGUUUACCUCUAAUGAAAUCCUACGACCUCACACCGGAAGUAGAAAAAUGUAAAAGUGGGGGUGAGUUUCCUGUCAAUAAGCGUCUGGAGAAAGCACGUCUUUUCAAGGAUGAGGGAAAUAGGGAAGUACAAAGAGGUGACUGGGUGAAGGCCAUGCAACUGUACAGUUUGAGUAUGAUCCAUAUGCCAAAGAAAGAAACCGAAGAACUAGCCAUUGUACUGGCAAACCGCUCCGCUGCGCUCAAUCACUUGGAGCAAUAUGAGGAAUCUUUGGCAGACAUCAGGCGCUGUCUCGCUUUGGGAUAUCCUCGCCACUUGCGUUACAAGGUUUAUGAGAGGAGAGCCAGAUGUCUUCUGGUACUCAAGAGGAACCAAGAUGCUGUGAAAGCUUUCCAGGAUACUAUCUCAUCUCUUGACGAAGCAAAAAACCUGAACCAAGAAAAGAAGCAAAAAUUACGAACGGAUGCAAAAUUAAUGUUAGAGGUUCUUAACAAAGGUCUCGUCCUCGCUGGAAAUCCAAAAGAUCCCAAACCCAUAAAUAAAAUUGUGCCUAAGCCGAAACUGCCUGGAAAACAUAAUGUGAACUAUCCCGCUGCAUCUGAAGCUAUUCAAAUAGACCAUGAUGAAACAAAAGGAAGAUAUGCGUCAGCCUCGAGGGAUAUUCAAGUUGGAGAAACGCUGCUCAUAGAGAAGCCACACAGCGGUGUUUUGUUAGCAGAAUACGCUGCAACGCACUGUCAAAACUGUUUUGCUAAAUGCCCAAUACCUCUCGGCUGUCCGACAUGCCCGAACGUAGUAUUCUGUAGCGACCAAUGCCAAGAAGUGGCACUGACAUCGUACCAUGCUUACGAGUGCCCUAUCCUGCCCUUAAUAUGGAAGUCGGGUUGCUCUAUCACCUGCCACAUAGCUUUGCGAAUGAUUACUCAGGACUCUAAACAGCACUUCAAAGAACUAACCAAAGAUUUGGAUAAAAAACCCAUUGGUCCAUAUAAAUCAAACGAUUAUAGAAAUAUCUAUAACUUAGUAUCACAUGAAGGUAAAAGAACUAAACAGGACUUGCUGCAUAGGAGUCAUAUGGCAGUAUUUCUGGUAAAGCUCCUUGAACUAAGCGGUUAUUUCGAUACCAAACCUAGGGAAACACUCAUAGACAUAGACGAAAUAAAAACAAUGGGAGUUGCUGAAAGAUAUCGCGACGACGUAGAACUGUUUGGAGGUCUUAUUCUAAAGAAUAUCCAAGUGCUUCAGUUUAACGCUCAUGAAGUAUUUGAGCUACAGUGUUCUAAGGCCCGCCUGGAGCAAAAUGUAAUCAAACAUAAUGGGGAUUCAGUUUUCGUGGCAGGCGCUGUGUUUCCCACUCUCGCGUUAUUUAACCAUUCGUGUGAUCCAAGUGUUGUCAGGUACUUUUCAGGACCCUACAUAAUCGUCCGCUCUGUAAAAAAUAUAAAGAAGGGAGAAGAAGUUGCAGAGAACUAUGGACCGAUAUUCACCAUGACAUCCAAAGAAGAGAGGCAGGCUACUCUAAAAGACCAGUAUUGGUUUGAUUGUACCUGCGAGCCUUGUCAGCAAAAUUGGCCUCGUUACGACCAAAUGAAUGAAACUUAUAUGAGAUUUAGAUGCGAUUCAGGUCAACCCUGUCCCAAUGUUUUGCCAGUGGCCCAUGAUUGCACAGAGUUCAUGGUAAAAUGUGGACUUUGUCAACAAUUCACUAACAUCUUGAAGGGAUUGAAGGCACUGCAGGACACAGAGGUAAUGUACAGACUUGGUCGAGCUGCUAUGGAAGAAGGAAAAUAUGGAGAGGCCUUAAAGAAGUUAGUAGAAGUAUUAAAGCUCUAUGAUUCAACCCUUGCGCCACCUUAUAAAUCCUAUUAUGAUUGUGUACAAGAUUUAAGAAGAUGCAUGCUAUCCUUUGGAAACUUCAGCAUUGCUUAG